GAUAUCGACCUCCCAAAAUUUUCCAGGUUAUGUUCAACGUUGUUUGCGAUCUGUUUUUCGAACGGUAUUUCUACUACAAAUUUGCCCUCAAAGAGUAUAUAACAUUAUUCUUAGGAGUUUUUAAAUACGAAUCGAAAGUGAGAAAAGAUUUUAUAGGCAUUUUAUUGACUGACAUCUAUGUCAAAAGUUUCCUUGGCACGCUGAACCUCGCAAAGUGUCGUCUGCUAUAGGUUAUGUUAUUACGCGAGAGAUAGUAAAAAAAAAUAGAAAAUUUCAGGAUCAUGAACAAUCAGGAAGAGGUAGACCUGUAUCGUGACACUUAUGUAAGAUAUUUAGGUUAUGCGAACGAGGUUGGAGAAGCAUUCAGGAGCCUCGUGCCAAGGUCCGUCGUGUGGUUCAGUUAUGCGUUGUCAAGCGGAUACGUUCUCGCGGACACGGUGCACAAGGGUGUAAAAGUCUACCAGACAGAUAUUAGUCCACAGAAAACCAAGAAUGUCUUGUUAUCCACAUCGGACACUUUGAUAUGGCAAGCAUUCGCGUCGGUGAUAAUUCCUGGUUUCACCAUAAAUAGAAUUUGCGCGGCAGUUCAGUUUGUACAGAGAAAAAGCACAAGAGUGGCCUGGAAAAAACCUUGGAUCUCUACGCUUAUCGGUUUAGUGUCCAUUCCCUUCAUAAUACAUCCUAUAGAUCACGCUGUGGAGAGAGCAAUGGACGUUAGUUAUAGGAAAUGGACGGGAUAUCAUCCAAAGGAACCUCUAUGUGGUGUAAAGCACGAAUAACGAUGCAUAGCUAAUUGAUUAUAGCACAUAACUUGAGAGAGGUCGUUGCUUAAGCUAUUACAUAAUAUUAAUAUAUCGAAGAACUUAUUCCAUUUUUACACAAAAUAAUUGAAAGUUCUUGUAUUAAUAUUAGAAGAAUGUAAUUAUAUUUUUUUAUGGUGUUUUUUAACUAAGGACAGCAAAACGAUAAUCAAAUUGAUGCCUGAAAGUCUUCUUAAAAUCACCAAAAUGUAAAUUAAACUUCUUGGUAAUAUGAUAUACAAGAUAAAGUUCGUAAAAUAUCAAAUAAACUCUAUGAAGAGAACACUACUAAGAUAUUAAAAUUUAAAAGAAGUUAAGCUAAACUCGUGAUCUGUCAAAUUGUCUCGAGAAACAUACUUCUGCGACCUCUCCUGGUUUAGAAACAUACACUCAAUACAGUAUUACUGCCAGAUAUAUUCCAAGACAGUACAAUACAACGCACUUAGAAUAUUUUAUUGCAAAAUUGUUAAAUAUUUUUGUCAUAAUGUACAUGUUAUACAGCUACAUUAUAUUGUACAGCUGUGUGUGCAUUAAGAUUUUUAGCUGGCUAUGCCACAAUUGUUAAGCUGUUGAAUAAAGUUAUUGAUUUAACAUUUCCCUA